ACAAGUAUAUCAGAAAUGUCAUACUGCUAGAGAAAGCUCCAUGUUCCUAAUGGCGCUAGUAGUCUAUUCACAAAAUGGCGGAGAAAUAAACAUGAACACCAUCUGUUAAAUAUCAAUCCAAAUUAAAUUAUUAUCAUCAGAUGUUCAUUUUUAUUAUGUGUACGGCCACGUUGCGACAAUUUUUUGAAGUAAUGUGUAAGCUCCAAAAUUUUGCUUUUUAUCAAUUUAGUGUUGUUCAGAUUAGAGAAGCAUGUACACAUAAAUUAUUUACUAACUCCAUAACCACGCGGUUAUCUCACAAUAAUAGCUCAUACGAUUGACAUUACUAAUACUAAUUUUAAUAGAAACGUUAUUGAAUAAUAUUUAUUCAUCAUGACAAUUCGCAAAAACAGUGAAAAUACAUCUCAUGUAUUGAUACCGGUGUUACUUAGUGCCUUUGCCAUUCCUUUAUCGAUGCUUUUUUGGAUUGUUAAUGUGAUUUACUCCAUAAUCGCACCUGAUUCUGAAUAUCAUUCCGAAGAACACUCUGUAAUAUCUCCGUGGAGAUGGCUUUCAGCAAUUGUCAUUCCAAUUCUAUUUUCCCUUUGGGGGUUGAAAAAGAAAAGUUUAGACCUCAGUGGAGCAAUACUUGGUCUAUUCGUAGGAUUUAUUUUAACAAUUACAAAUUAUGCUCAUCUAGCUUGUUUAAUGUGUUUCUUUGUUACUUCUUCACUGGCUACCAAGUUCAGAGGAGAAAAAAAGAAAAAGCUAGAAAUCAAUUUUAAAGAAGGAGGUCAGAGAAACUGGAUUCAGGUUUUGUGUAACGGAGGAAUGGCUUUUCAGCUAGCAUUACUUUAUCUACUUGAUGUUGGUUGUGGUGAGAGGCCAAUUGACUUUGACAAAGACUACCGUAGCUCUUGGCUAUCAAUUGGUAUUUUAGGGUCAUUUGCUUGCUGCAAUGGUGACACAUGGGCAUCAGAAUUUGGCACUGCCAUUGGAAAUUCAGAUCCGUUUUUAAUUACAUCAAGAAAAAGAGUUCCAAGAGGAACAAAUGGAGCUGUGUCAGGAAUUGGAUUACUCAUGUCAUUGUUGGGAGGUUUAAUCAUAGGACUGUUCCAUUACUUAACUGUGCUGUAUACAGUAGAUUCUGUAAUACUCGAAAAUGCAGCUCCCCAGUGGCCAAUUAUAGUUGUAGCUGGUAUUGGUGGAUUGUUUGGAAGUCUCUUGGACUCUCUUCUUGGUGCUACUCUUCAAUAUUCAGGUAUUAACGAAUCAAAGCAAAUUGUUGAACAUCCAGGCAAAGGUGUCAAACAUAUUUGUGGAAGGCAAAUCCUCGAUAACCACAGUGUCAAUCUUCUAUCGAGUAUUGGUGUUGCUUUAACACUUCCAAGACUAGCCAAUUGUAUUUGGCCGUAGAAUUCAUAAAAUGAAAUAAGUCGUUGAUAAAAUUAAAAGUUUUUAAUUUUGAUAUUGAUAUAUGUAUCAUAUGUAUAUAUGAGCACGUUGAAUAUUUUUUAAAGGUUUUUUUUUAUUUUUAAUAUAAAUUUAAAUGACGAAAAGUCAUUUAUAAACAAUAGACAUGAAAUAAAUCUAAACAAUGAUGUUCAGAUUGAUGAUAAGACUAUUAAAUAGAAUUAAUAUUAACUUG